GCCCAGGGCAAGAUCAGCCUCCACGGAGCCGGCCGGCUUUGGCCGCGGGAGGAAUAGUCUGAGGGACCCGCGGCAGCGCGGCGCUCUCGGCCUGCUGCAGCUGCGUUUCGAGGCGGAGCCCACCCUUGGUGGGGUCCCCCCAAGCCGGCGUGCCCGGGGGCUCUGAGGACCCGGACCGUGUUGUGGAAAACUGUUGUAAUUCGGACUACACCGCGACGGCGCGGUGCAGAAGACCUGGCCGAGGACAUUGUGCUGCGCUGGAAACGGCUUCGGAGUACUCAUCGCAAUUUUCAAAGAAGGGAUGUAGUGGCAUUUGGGAGCUAACUGUUCACACCACCUUCAUGCAGAAGGAGAGCUUCACUGUGGAUGAGCCCACCACAGUGCCAGUGGACACGAAGAGGAAAAGAGAACAAAUGAUUUACAUGCAGUUGAGGGAACUGUUUGCUACAGUGGUUAAAAUGCCCUACACUGGAAACGUGUCCAUGGUUCUUGCACUCCUGAGUGCGGGACAAUUUCACUCUGCUCUAAGAGGGAUGGUUGCUAGACAACCUGAACUUCUGGAAUCCAGUGACCUGAGGACAGACAGCCAGGACGGACACUCUGAAAACAAGAUCCCUUCCCGUUUGCUGCACAUUGUCUUUUAACCAGUUCCAGGAAGUGACCUGACAAAUAUUGAUGAGGCCGCUGUGACCCACAAACACCACUUUCCUGUGGGUAGGAGGUGACACAGUCCUGAAGACCCAGGGCCCCCAGCUAGUGGCCUCGCUCUAGGAUGGGGCCAGCUUGGCUCUGGCUGCUGGGAGCAGGGAUUCUGGCCUCCAUCCAUUGUCAGCCUUUUCCUGCCCAUGAAGAUAAGACUCUGGUGGUGCCUCAACCCCCCAGCCAUCAGCUCUCAGACCCAGCCCCUGCCUACCACAAAAUCACACCCACCAUUACCAACUUUGCUUUGCGUUUGUAUAAGCAGCUGGCAGCAGACACCCCAGGAAACAUCUUCUUCUCUCCAGUGAGCAUCUCCACCACCCUGGCCCUGCUCUCUCUCGGGGCCCAAGCUGACACAGCAACUCAGAUCUUGGAGGGACUGGGCUUCAACCUCACAGAGAUCCCAGAAGCCGACAUCCACCAGGGCUUCCAGAGCCUCGUGCACACCCUUAACCUGCCCAGCCCCAAACUUGAACUAAAAGUAGGAAACUCCUUGUUCCUAGACAAGCAACUAAAACCUCAGCAGCACUUUUUGGACAAGAUCAAAGAGCUGUAUGGAGCUUUCGCUUUUUCUGCCAACUUCACAGAUUCUGCUACAACUGGGAAGCAGAUCAACGACUAUGUGAGAAAGCAGACAUACGGGCAGAUCGUGGACUGCCUCCAGGAGUUCAACCAAGACACGCUCAUGGUUCUCUCAAAUUACAUCUUCUUCAAAGCCAAGUGGAAGCAUCCUUUCAAUCGCUACCAGACCCACAGGCAGGAGAGCUUCUUUGUGGAAGAGAAGACUUCUCUCCACGUACCCAUGAUGCACCAGAAGGAAAUGCACAGAUUCCUCUAUGACCAGGAGGUGGCUUGCACCGUCCUCCAGAUAGAAUACAGCGGAAAUGCGCUGGCGCUGAUCAUCCUCCCUGAUCCAGGGAAAAUGGAGCAGGUGGAGGCCGCUCUGCAGCCAGAGACCCUGAGAAAAUGGAGCCAGGUGCUCCUGCCCAGUCUGCUGGAUUUGCAUUUGCCAAGGUUUUCCAUUUCUGGAAUAUAUAACCUGGAAGAGAUACUUCCCCAGAUUGGUCUCACCCACAUAUUCAGCUUAGAAGCUGACUUAUCAGGAAUCACUGGGCAGCUCAACAAAACCAUCUCCAGGGUGUCACACAAGGUGGUGGUGAACAUCAGUGACAAGGGAACCAGGGUGGGGACAGCCUCGGGCCUCCUCUCCCAACCCCCAUCUCUGAAUGCAACAUGGGCCCCACGAGCCCAUCUCAACAGACCUUUCCUGCUGCUCCUUUGGGAGGUGACCACUCAGAGCUUACUCUUCCUGGGAAAAGUUGUCAACCCAGCUGCAGGGUGACCAUGCGGGAGGCCAGAGGUGUCUUAGGUCUUCCCCAAUCAAACAGGAAGCCCAGCCCCAGCCUGUACUGUGGGGCUGCUGUGUGGACCAGUUCAUCA